AUACUGUUUUGGACAAUUGAGAUCAUUUUCAGGCACAAAAGAGUGGCUUUUCUUGAAACUGAUGUCGGGCAGACGGAGUUUACUCCGCCUGGUCUUCUAGCACUAACUGUUAUUGACAAAAUAACUCCAGAUUUGACGAUUCCAUGCGUGAAAACUCCUGCAAGGUGCUUUUUCUUUGGUGACAUAUCCUCUAAAAGAGACCCAACAACUUAUCUGGCUUAUAUAAAGGCCCUUUACGAUCACUAUAUGGAAACAGAAAUCCAGGGUGCAGGGCUACCGCUCGUCAUAAAUACCCCGGGCUGGGUAAAAGGUAUCGGUUAUGAGAUUCUGGUGGAAAUGCUAAGAUAUAUAUCUGUUACACGUGUGGUUAAGCUUCAAAGAUCGGUUCUCGCAAGGAACUUACCAGAUGGGCCAUUUUGGUUAGACGAGGGGGAUGCUGAUGCUGCCACAACUGUCAUUGAGAUCAAUGCUCCUCCUCAGAACCAUAUAACUUCAAUGGCGCCAAUGCGAAAGGAUGCACUUCUUCAACGGGAUCUGCGACUAAUGGCAUACUUUAAGCAAUGCUUUCCAAGUGAUACAAUUAUCUCCACGAUUAAGGAACUUUCUCAUGCAUUGGUUUCUCACCCUCCUUAUGAGAUUCCCAUAUCGAGCAUCAAGAUAAAACACCUCCAUUGCCAGAAGGAAAGGCUGCCUUCUGAGUCGGCUUUCUGGCUCGUCUGGCCUGCGAGUAGAGCGUCUAUGACCUGAACAUGUCAUCCAUUGCACCAAGAUUCUUGAAUCGGACUGAAAAGCUCCAUUGCAACUUCACCUGAGCCACGAGCAAUCAGGUACGUACGAUCUAACGUGGAGAAAAGUAAUGGAAAACAGAAGGGAAAGGAACUGCAAAAGGCAAGAAAAGGAUUUGAGAGUGUUAUAUUGUAAAUGAUCGAUAUAUUUCCCUAUAUGUUUCUACCUACAUGACUCAGGUUCAUGCAUCCACUUUGGCGGUGAGAGGUUUCGUGCCUUGCCUAAUCGCACGGAGAUGCUCGGCUAUCUCCAUCAAAAGCUUAGCUCCUUCCUCUCCUAUCUGGAUGGUCUUAGCUGCAUGCUUCAAGAAGCCACUGUCUGCUUCAACCACUCUCAACCUCUCCUUGAUCAUAGACACCUCUCUUAUCAGUCAAAAGACCGAGAAGAUACGACCGCUCCCCCUCAAAAUCUAACGACGACUCUCCCUCCAUAGGGCCCUGAGAAGGAUCCUCGCACUCUCUCUGCUCACCACCAUCCAAACUAUUACAAUCUGACAACCUCUCA